GUUACUCGAACACUGUUCUCCCAUAGCUCUCGUCUAUAAGUCGAUGUCUGAUGUGCAGGAAAAGUUAGACCAGGUAGUUUUAAGCUUUUCCUGUAGGCUCUAUCUACCGGGACAACACGCGCUCACAGGUGAAAUAAACACCGGCGCCGUACGCAACAUACCCAUUCAGCCAUCGUGUAAAGGUUAUCAGCGAUCAUCUCCUAUGUGUGAAACAAUCGUAGUGAACAUGACGAGUUUGAAGGCGUUCACCGAGCCUUUUGGGAGAGUGGCUUCUGAACCGGUGGAGGACACUGAUCCCAGCAGCUUCAUUACGGAUAUGUCGCUGAAGUCAAAUUACCCUGUUCAGGUUACUGAUCCACAAGGUAUCAGAGAUCCUGUAACCCUACAGCUGAGCUCUGUGCCCCCUGGAUAUCUAUCAUCAGCGGUAGACAGGAUACGGCAGCCUGUGGAAAAUGACAGUAGUGAAUUUAUUCCAUCAUCUACUGUUUCAUCAGAUUUUGGUAAAGAGCAUAAGCCCUGUAAGGAGUGUUUAUGUUCCGCCCCUCCACCCAAAAUCAGUGACCUGAUGAACGACGAAGACCUUCUGUACACUCUAAGGCUGAAGCUGGAUCCGACCCACUGCACUGUUAAAAACUGGAAGAACUUUGCAAGCCGCUGGGGAAUGAGCUACGAUGAGCUCACGCUUCUAGAACAGCGCACACAUGGUCCCAUCUACCACAGUCCCACUCAAGAGUUCCUCCUGCGCUACAACCAGAAACCUGUCACAGAGCUCACCGCACUCUGCCAGCUUUACCAGCGCAUCGACGUACUACGAUUGCUCCAGAGGUGGAUGGAGAACGACUGGCCCUCGCGUUGGCAGCAGGCCCAUUAGCUGGGACUUCACAAUAACUGCACCUCAAAGGAUAGACAUGGUCAUAGAAACUGAAAUCCAUGACUGCAGGGAUGGACAGCAGGUCAGAACACACAUUACUGAACAGUGGCGGUAUAAAGACAGUGUUUACAAAGUUGUACACUGGACAUAGUUGAUUUUGGUUAACUUUUGGCUGAUCUCAUUGCUCUGAAUGCCACAGCUGUAUGAGCUAUGUGAUAGAAGGGUGAUUAACAAAUAUAUGCAGCGGCACCCCAGCACUUCAGGAGAAAACGGAAAAGCCGUUCAGGUGUGACUACUCAUUUAGAUUCUGACUGGAAAUUCUCGGUGGUUCCAGUCAUACAGUGUUUAAUUUAUUUUAAUGCAAACAGUCAUCAGUGUGCCUCUGUUGGUGGUCUUAUGAAGUGUCCUUAAAUUAGUAACAUAUAUGAUGUUGAGUCAUUGUGAUCAGUAUCUAAAUGACUUUUAAGACAGCUUCUCACCUUCAUUCUUGUCUGCAUUCUAGUAACAGGGUCAUUCUAGAAUUAAUCUCACAAAAACACAGUCUCCUUCUUUCAGCUGUGGUUCAGCUUCCUGUAAUUUCUCAUUGCUAGAAAUCCUGCAAAAAAGGCAUUUAUAUACUACAUUCUAAAAAAUGCUGGGUUAAAAACAAUCCAACUUGGGUUAUUUGGCAACCCAGUACUGGGUAAAUACUGGACAGAACACAUGCUGGGUUAUUUUGGUUAGGUUAAAUGUUUUUACCCAACAUGCUGGGUUGUUUUAUUUAAGUCAACUAUUGUUUAAAAAUUAUUAUAUUGCUGACUUAAAAUGAGCUGGAAAUUAAAAAUCACACAGAAUUAUAGAGGCAACAGCAAUAAUCAAAAGAUGAACAUUUAUUAGUAAACAAGAACAACGCAUGGACAAAAAUAAGACAAAUAGAAUUUAUUUUGAUUAAUACAGCAUAGUUUACAAUAUUACAAACAAACUUGUUCAGCAAGCAUUUUAGAAUAAACUUGGAACAUUUAAAAGUAGGAUUUAAAUGUAAGUGUAUUCAACCGUUCUCUGUAAUCGCUUUUCUCCGAAAUAGCAUUAAUUCUUGUGCUGUUGUGUCGGCGAAAUCUAAGAUGGGUAUGGGCUGUUGUUAUGAACCUCAGACCACUGCCUCACAUUUGAAAGAUGUAGCUGAAAGAUGUCGUAAAUGACUCCACAACCUGCCCAUUAAAAACAGUUUUAAGGUUAGAGAACGUAUAUUAACAUCAGAUUAAAUUAAAUUCAGUAUUAUAACGAAAAAAAAAAAAUUGUUCUACAAGGCAAAAGGCGUUUCCAUCGUGCAAAA